AUGGCCUUCCCAGGUUGUCACCACAAGGGCGCAGGCAGGGUGCGCGCACCCAGUGCCCUCUCUGGCUGGCUUGCACGUGGCACGCACAGCUGUCUUGCGGAUCUUGCCGAGCAACCCAGUCGUGCAGACUGCCAGCCACGCCCUUGCUGGCGCAUAUUAUGCGCCGUCACCGAUCGACGACCAGCUCGCUCCACUGCUCCUGAUUCCUUGCCUCGAGGCAACCGUUGCGAGCCGUUGCAAAUUGCGGACCCAAAUGUGCGACAGUCGGCCACCUCGACACUUCCACUGUGUUCCUGCGCCUUGAUCCUUGACUCGAACGAGACGCUACCUUGCAAAUGGGCUGAUAUCGGAGGUUGCCGUCAUUGUGUUGGCCAUGCGCGGACAUGCCUCACGUGUCGCGGUGGAAAAGACAUGAUGCUUCGAACAGAGUUUGCUGCUGAGUGGUCGUUGCACGGGCAAUUGUCUCGCCGCGGUUGGCCUGGCCGUUGAUACACCGGAUGGCAUCACCAGCACUAUGAAAUUUUGCAAGGAAGCCGUGAACUUGACGCAUUGACCUACGGGCACUCGGUGCUUCAUCCUCUGAACCAU